AGAAAAGCCGCCGAGACGAACCAAGAACGACAGAAGAGUGUUGCACCGCAAGCAGCACACACGACAAGAAAACCACCAGCAUAAACUCAAAUCACCAUGGCUCACUAUAAGAUCGUUCUUCUGCUGGUCGCUACCUACGUCUCUAGCUCAACUGCUCAGUUUGGAAGCAACUUUGGUAACCAAAGUCCAUUUGGCGGCCAAUUUGGUGGCCAAAGUCCAUUUGGUGGCCUUGGUGGGGCUGGAGCUCCUCCAGGAUUCGGAGGUUUAGGUGGUGUUGGAGGGCUUCCGGGAUUUCCUGGUGGAUUUAAUCCCCUUUUUGGCGGACAAGGAUUUCCUCAAGCUUUUCAACCUCCACAAAUUCUUACUUGCAUUGGAAACAACGAGGCAUACGAUCAGUUUAGAGUGACCAUCAGACCAGAAUCUGGUAGCUUCCCUGGCCAAAACCCCGCUUUUCAAUUUGGAACACCAAGAGAACUCCAGAGACAAGACUGGAGGAUCAGCGCCGUCUACCUACCCGCGGCCUCCGUGGGUGUUUCCAGUCCUACAGGAACCAGCUCGCUCCAUGGCAACUUUUUCCUGGCUGUAACACGUUACGGACGUACUGACGGCCAAUGUGCUGGGCUAGGUGGAAUCCUCCAGAACGAGGAUCUCGUUAGCGCCGGGGCUCCAAGAGGUGGACCAUUUCAACAAUAUGGAAACAACAUGUUUGGACAGAUGACCCCCGCCGGAUACAUCCAGGAUCCAAUCAUCAUUAACCAAGGUGGAACCAGCUAUUCCAGUGUGAUCAGAAAUGUUGCUGAAGUUGAUCUGAACGGCCACGGCAUUGUUAUCUGCCUGGACGCGCUAGCCCAAAGGCCAACUACAACGUGCUGUACCAUUAGUAAAGAUUCCCUCCCCGCCACUGAAAGAAUAGGAAGCACUACUACUGUUCCAGGACCUUAUAGUGGAACUGCUAUUGCUGGGUUAGGAGGAUCCACCUACCCAUCUGGAACAGGUACAAACACAGGCCUUUCUACAGGUGGCAACACUUUGUUUACUGGGACAAACACUGGUGGGUUGUUCUAACAACCUCCCACGGGAAAUAUUUGAAUACGUUUACAUGAAGAAACGACUGAGAAGAAGCCACCUACACGAUGCAGUGCAAAUGCGUUAAAAAGGGACAUGAAAAAGCGAUAACAUCUCAUGUUUCUACUUGGUCGCAACGAGUACAGUCUUUAACUAAUUCAGGUUUUAAGUAAAAGUUCACCCAAUAAAAGAUACAAUUACAUGAAA